AGAGAGGGAAGCCAAGAUGAAGGAUGAAUAACCCUGCAGCACACUUUGAGAAACGCAGACUUUGAAGGAAAACGAAGAGAGAGAGCGAGGGAAGGAGGGAGAGGGAGGCCGCCUGCACAGUCAGCAACAGCCCCUUCUGAAUGCCCUUGCGGAGGUGGGAGUGUGACGCAAAGCCGAGUUGAAGAAGGAGAGGCCUUGAAAACGAAGAAAGAUUGAAAAUUUAACCAGAGAGAGAAGAUCUGUGGUUUCUUCUUUCUUCGCGUGGAGGGGCUUGUGAAUGUUCUGUUUGUAGAGGGAAAUCAGACUUUUGUUCUACCUGGUCAUCUGACCUGAAGUUGUGCCAUUCGAAGGCUUGUUUGUAAGGACUUCCUUCUGAUUACAGGUCUCAGGCGUAGAUCUUGAGAUAUGGAGACCGAAGAGAGGAGUCAGAGAGGAUGUAAAAUAGCGGAACCUGAUUUUUUCUUGCAGUGGGGAAACAGAAAACGGCUGAGAUGCGUGAGGGUGAAAGACCCUCGGAUUUCGUCGCGACUCAACGGUGGAAUACGUAGGAAACUUACAUCGACGGUAGAUCGUUCUGGGGUUACUGCUUCCGACAAAGAAAGCUCUCAUCUUCAUCCUAAUCGACUCACAAGGAGUUCCGAUGGGGCAACGCUUAGGUCGGCGGGUGGAGAGAAUAGGAAAUCGGCUUCGCCGGAGAAGGAGGACAGGUACUACACGACGAGAGGAUCGGCGGUGGCGGACGAGAUCGGGAAAGUUACAGGGGAUGGGAACAACGGAGAGGAGAGAGCCCAUGUGUGGCCUAAAUUGUACAUCUCACUGUCCAGCAAAGAGAAAGAAGAAGAUUUUCUGGCCAUGAAGGGGUGCAAGCUGCCUCAGAGGCCCAAGAAGAGGGCCAAGAUCAUUCAACGAAGCUUGCUGUUGGUAAGUCCAGGAGCGUGGUUGACGGACAUGUGCCAAGAGAGAUAUGAAGUUAGGGAGAAGAAAAGCAACAAGAAGAGGCCCAGAGGAUUGAAGGCUAUGGGGAGCAUGGAAAGCGAUUCCGAUUAAGAGGAGGAAGAGGAAGAGGAAGAAGGAAAAGAAAGGAAAACGGAAAUAUUUUGGGGAUGUGGUUGAACAGGUUGAAGAUCAUGUUAUGUUUAAGUGGAGGGAAGGUAUCUCCACUCUGUCUCUCUCCCUCCCUCUCUCUCUCUCUCUCUCUCUCUCUCUUUUGGGUUGUAAGGAGUAACAUCCAAUUGUUAAUCAAAGGAAUUGCUUUACCCUCUUCUAUCAUUCCUUCUUCUGGCUUGGCUGCUUGGGCUUUUCUCUCUCCCCACUUUCUCUGUUGAUCUUUUUUUUUUUUUUUAUAAUUUCUGUCCACAAUUUACUGUGGCCCCAUUUGAAAUAAUUGAACUCAUCUUGUUUUUUGGUCA